CGGUUACAAUUAUUGAGAAUUUAAUUUAAUUCUAUUUGGUUUAAAUUGUUUGGUUUCUGGAGAAUUUUAGUUUAUAAUUUGAUCGAGCAACAGUUUGUCUUAAUUUGUCCAAAUUUGUCCGAUUGUGAUUCUUUUGGUUGAGUAACUUUUUCUCUUAAAAAUUGGAGAAAACAAGAAAUAGAAACAAAAAAUGUCCAGUGAAUGUGGUCCAAGGUAUUUAAGAGUUAAACGUAAAUCUGAUGAGGAUCCAUGUUACUCUUCAAGACAAUAUAAACGAUGUAAGUUUGUUGCAUCAGUGAAAACAACCUUAUUACAAGAUGUUCUCAAAGUAAUUAACAAUCAGAACAUUCAAGAUGCUGAUAUAAUCGAUGUUAAUCAGACUGUUGGUGAACAUGACGAAGAUGAAGCACAACACAGAGAGCUAAGUGAAGAAGAUUCAACCUUCCGUGGAUUUGUUUAUGACAUUUAUUGUCUACAAGAUUUGGAUAAUAAUUUGUACAGUGUAAAUGAAGAAGAUGAAGAGUCCGAUAAUGAUUCAAAUGAUGAAAAUAAUCCUCGUAAUGAUUAUCCAGAUGAAGAAAGUUAUGAUUUUAAUGAGUUAAAUUAUUAUCGGGAUUGGCAAGAUGAAGAGGAUUACAGAUUACGAGAAAAAUUUGAUGAUUUUACCAUGAAGGGAAGAGGUGAUGAAGAUGAAACUUCCAGUGAAGAUUCACUUUCUCGUAAUUGUGAUGAUGAAGCUGAUGAUGGUGAUGAUUUUGAUCCAGACAAGGUUGAUGUACCUUUUAGUAGAGGAUUAAACAAAACCACAAUUUAAUUCUAUUCAUCAAAAUCAAAAUAUCUUCCUCAUCUUCUUCUUACCUUUGCAUCUCUCCUUCUCUCUCUCUCUCUCUCUCUUCUCUCUCCAUAUCUUCUUAUAUCUUCUGUAUACUAUCAAUAUUAUACAUUCUAUGUAUAAUAAUAAUGAUAUAUUUUCUCCUCUCCAAUUUGAUAUCUCCCAAAUUUAAUGAAACAAUUUUGUGAAAUGAUCAUAAUUAAACAAAUUACAAAUGUGAAAAUCAAUUUGUUUACCAUUUCUAAAUGGUUACAUUGAUUUAACAUUAUAACUGCACAACAACAAGACAAACUUCAGAGUCAAAUCAAACCUCUGAAGUUCACUUAACCAUACUAACCAAUUUUCUAACAAUCAAUAACUAAUUUGAUAAACAUAAUUUUCUCUAAUUGUAAUUAAAUUAAAAACAAUUCAUUGGAACCGCCAAUUUAAGGUUGCAUCAUUUACCUUCCAUCACUAUAGAAACCCUUUAAAACGAUCAUAUGUUUUUUUUGUUUUCUUUGCAGUUUUUUUUCUGUUGAUUUAACUGAUUCUUUUCUUUCUCUUCUCUUCUUUUUAUAAUUCAAUGGUUUUAUCUUCGCUUUGUGGUUGAUUUUGUUUGUUUUUUCCUUCAUUCUAUUGGAAAGUAACCUUGUAAAAGAAAAGUGUAUUUGGAUUGAAAAAAUGCCGAAAAAAAUGGGAACCAAUUCUAAGGCUGUUGAAGCUCGUGCUAGAAAAGAUGAAAAGAAACGAGCUGAACACGAGAAGGUGCAAAAGGAAAAGGAAGACGCUUAUUGGAAAGACGAUGAUAAACAAUUAGCGAAGAAAAUUCAGAGAAAGGCCGAAGCCGAUAAGAAGAAAGAAGAAGCCGUCGCUAAAAAGGCUCUAAAACAAGCCUUGUACGAAGAGGAAAUGGCCUCGAUUAAAGGGCCAAGCGGUGGAGGCGGUGGAACAUCUAAAGUGACCAGAGCUGAAAUCGCCUUUAAAUUGGAAAAUCAAAAGGUUGAAAAGCCGAAACCAAAACUGAUCGAAACUCCAAUUGAAGAAAAUCUAAACCGAAUCAACGUGGAAGGCGAAGCUCGUUCUGUAGAUGAAGCAAUUGCUGUUCUAAGUAUCAAAGACGAAGAAUUAGAUCGACAUCCAGAGAGAAGGGUUAAAGCCGCUUACAAUAGUUUCGAGGAGAAAAUGUUAUCCAAAUAUAAGGCCGAAAAUCCUAAUCUGCGAUUAUCUCAAAUCAAGCAAAUGGUAAAAAAAGAUUGGAUGAAAUCUCCUGAAAAUCCACUUAAUCAACCACACACAGCAUAUAAUUCAUCUGGUAGGAAUUAAUUGUCAACCAUUAAUCUGCCAUCACGAUUAUUUAAUCAGCAUGAUAGCCUCACAUUGAUGACACUUUGGUUACUAUGAAAACAAAUUUGCUGACAAUAUAAAUUGUUUACAAAACGAGAACAACAAAAUUGUAAAUUUUAUGAUCAAUUGAUUGAAUAAGUGAUGUGUCACCAACAAUUAACAAUUUACUGAAUUGUCCAUCAAUUUGACUGGAAAGAAACACAAAGUGAACAUUAAUUUGAAUUGUCAAAUCAACCGAUUGGAAAACAACAAUCAUAAUAUUUGUAUUGAAGAAUUGAUAUUUUCCUAAUUCUCAAUGAUUUUCACAAUUUCAUUUUUUUCUUCUUGAUUGUCAAUUUAAAGUUUGUUGUUUUCUAAAUCAAAUUAUCACAACAACAAUACAACAUUGUACAAAAUGUGCUUUUUCUCAAUUGUAA